AUAGGCCACUCAUUUCGCCCAUCUCUAAAACCAACCAAUUGGAAUUUUAGAAAAUUCGGAUGAACCAUGAAAAAUGGCCAAGAAUAAGUCGACGGUGUACCUGGGAUACGAGGAUGAGGAGGUUACGGCCAAGCAGGAGCAGUUCCUGAAUAGCUGCACCAAUAAAAUCGGUGGAGCACCCGAUUGGCCCAGACAUGAGGUGACCAUUCCGUCUUGCCCGCUUUGCGGAGCUGUACGUCCUCUGAUCGUGCAGAUGUACGCUCCGCUGGAUCGCUCUCAGUUUCAUCGAAGUCUUUACGUUUUCGGAUGCGUUAGCCCCGCUUGCUCGCAGAAUUCCAAGAGCUGGGCAUGUGUACGAACUCAGCACCUGGAUCAUCAGUUCGAGGUCAUCAGCGAACAGUCGCCCAAGGCCACUGGGAAGCAGCACUCAAAGAAAAAGGGCAAGUCCAGUGGAUUGCAGGCGGUCAACUGGUGCAGCGGAGCGGACGACUGGGGCGACAGUGGCUGUGGAGCAACCGAGCUGGCCAAGACUAACUCGGUGGUGUUGGACGAGGCCAUGGACAUAACUGCCGAUGAGGAGCAAAAUGAGAGAAAUGGCAAUGUGCGACCAAAUGCCCUGCAGUACGCUAAGGCUGAUGUCGAAUUGGAUGAACCAGUCCAGCUAGAGCAGGUGAAGAUUGGCGCCGAUGAAGACGAUGACGAGGACGAGAGCACUUCACUGGAGAAUGACCUAAUCUCGGGCUUCCAUCAAAUAGAUAUGAUUUCGCCCCAGAACGCCGAAGAAGAUCCAAAUGCCAACUGUGCAGCAGCCGCUGCCCCGAGUUUGGAUGGAGCCGGAGCUAAUGCAGCUUCAGCAGCCAUUUGUGCCGAGAUCGAAGGCCCAGAAACAGAUCUGGUGCUUGUCGACACACCCAAGAAGCCGGAACGCGACCUUAUUGCCUUGCUAAAGCACACUUCUAGCUCGUUGUCGCAAAUUAAGGAUCUUACACUAAAAUCCUACUAUAUUGCCGUAGAUGUAGAGAGCAAGGCUCAGGUGGAGGAGUACGAAAACUAUGGAGGAGCUCUGUCCAUGGACCACAUACGUGAUCUAUACCAGGAGUACAAGCUGAGGGAUGAGGAUACGGUUCAUUCACCCACGGGCGGUGCAUCUGGCUCUGUAGAACCGAGCGACGAACACGAGUCCUACGAGAAAGCAUUGCCAGCCCAUGGCGACAUAGUGUUUCAUAACUUUAUCACUACCAUACAGCAGAACCCGGGCCAAUUGUUAAGGUAUUCCCGGGAUGCGCUGCCGCUGCUGGUAGCCCCACUUAAGGAACCCCUACCCAAGUGUCAGAAUUGCAAGGGGGAGACCAUAUGCGAAGUACAACUGCUGCCUACACUCAUUCCCAAGUUGCGGUUCCAGUUGAAUGGCUGCAAUGCACCAAUCGAAUAUGGUAACGUGCUGGUUUUUACCUGCCUCAAAAGCUGCUGGGACACACCCGACCUCAUGCGCUACGAACAUAUUGUGGUGCAAUCUGAAUCUUAGACCGGCGUCCGGCCAUUUCCCAAAGCCAUUAGACCCAUUCGCUGUAGCUGCUGCUGUUGCAGACUGGUGCAACGAAUUUUUAACGCAAACUGCAGAGGAAAAGCUAAGCUUCUCGAUUGUCCUAGGAAGAUUUUAUGCUCUAGUUGUUAAGAACGUUGUAAGCUUUUAGACACUCCGAUAAGGAUAGUUGCUAAUAAUAUCUCGUUAUUUCCACUCCCCCCUCUAAAAGGGUUUCAAA